GAAGACUCGAUACAUUUUCGGAAUUACAAACCUAGCUUACUCAUCAGUGAAGGACAUAUAAUAGCUACUUGUAAAGUUCCUUUAUCGCAACAGUCGUGUAGCAUAAUUGAUUGUCACAGUGUAGACAACCUCGCCGUAUCAGACUUGCUUCUGAGCGGCUCGCGCAGACCUGAAACAUCACCCCACACCAGUCCAGGAGAGAUGCGCUCUGCGGCCGCAGCCGAAAUUGUCUAGCCUCAAGUAGACCAAAUAAGUAGAAGGAAGUCACUCUUUCGUUAUCAAUUCGUUACUAAAAUCCCUUCAAGAUCAGCCUAUCUGUGAAUUCGAAGGCCAUCAUCAUUGGCAAGGCGUUGCAAGCUACCGGAUCUAUCAACAAGCACCGCCUGAUGGAUCAGUGAUCUCAUAUGAUAACAGAAUGAUUCAUUUCUAUAUAACGAAACUGAUGAAGAUGUACACACCGCUGCGCAUCUCCCAGUUUUCGCCAUGACUUCAAGUGGUAUCCCAUUCGAUGCCGGCGCUUUAAUGGCAACAGUGCUGGAAGGUAUUUUAUACGGCUUUUCAGUGCUCAUGUUUAUGGGCACCAUAUGGUCUUUGACCUACAAACAGCAUGUGCGAGACAUCAAUCGCCCAAUCGCCAUAGUGGCUAUCCUGCUGUUUUUAUUGAGUACUGCGCACAUUGUCGUGAGCAUCAUUCGUGUGGAAGAUGGACUGGUAAAGUAUCGCGACACGUACCCAGGAGGACCAGCAGCAUUCUUCGCAGACGUUGCACAAGAAACGUAUGUGAUCAAGCAUGCGUUAUACGUCCUGCACACUCUACUUGCUGAUGGGAUGGUGGUUUAUCGCUGCUAUGUUGUUUGGCAAUCUAUCCGGGUUAUCAUCCUACCAGGCCUGUUGUGGUGUAGCGUCGCAGUCACUGGCACCAUUGCAGUCUACAGUGUUUCGCAAUCCGAGUCCACUACUAGCGUUUUCUCCAAAAACCUUGCGACGUAUAUCAUGGCAUAUUUUGUCUCAACUAUGGCAGCUAAUGUGUCGGGUUCAGGAUUAAUGGCAUACCGAAUAUGGGUGAUUGAACGCAAUAUCACUACCACUCGCGCCAGUACGAGAGGCACUUUGAUGCCAAUAGUACGCGUGCUCGUGGAUGCCGCCAUUUUGUACUCUGUGACACUUCUCACCGCACUAAUCUGUUUCCUCUGCUCAAACAAUGGAGAGUUUGUUAUGGUGGACCUGCUAAUGCCGAUCAUAUCGAUUACAUUCUACAUGGUGCUUAUUCGCAUCGCCAUGAAUAAACAUCGCGGUUACCUCUCAACCUCAACUGGAAGGACAACCGUCAGAACGGCACAAAGCAAUUCGCAGGAAUAUCCUAUGACACCCCUGGAGACCCAUAUAUCCAAAUUCACGCGCAGUGGCAGUACUUCAGCGGACGGGAUGGGGAGUGAGCACAAGUCAGGACAGUCGCCUACUUGGAUAUUGGCGGAGUAGAGGUUAACAUCAGAGCCGAAUGUGAAUUGAAGCUUCUCCAAAUUCUGAUCAUAAAGACUCAAGGAUGGAGAAUCGGCCGUCUCUUUGGACAUGUAUAAUAAUUUUAGCUCUGUAACACCCGAUUUUCCGGUUGAUAAACAUGUUAUCCGUCGUGCCAACUAAACUAUCCCAUGUGCGAUGGACAGGGCUGUGAUGCCAGCAUGUUUUCCACUUGCUCUAAACUCUCGGAUCUGUACUUGAUUGUUCUCAUUUCAUUGACCACAAUAUAGUGUGCCAUUGUGGAG